CUAUAAUUACCAAGCAAUGCCAGACCUUAAUUGGAGCGUGAAAUACGGCAAAAUAUACGGCCCUGGUGCCAUUAGUACCGAAUUUAUGAAAUCAUUACGAAUAACUAUGGAGCUCCCGGAUAAGAAUUUUGAGUCCAGGAAUUUGACCAUGGUAGGUCACAUGGGGGAAUCCGUUGAUGUGGCUGACUCCAUACUAUACGUGGCUAGUGACCAUGCUGCUUUUGUCACCCGUACCAACUUGUUUGUGGACGGGGGUUCACUGGUUAUUAGUUUAGGGGUCGACGCGGUCGGUGAACACGAUUUAGGUAGACUACCAGGUGCCCGAUUUAAGGUCUAA